AUGGAUGCACAACCAUAUGCGAGCUGUGUUUUAUCGAAUGAUGUGGAUCUGACACUAAUGUGGAGGUGUAGGUAUGAUUUUAAGUUGCAAUGUGUUGACAUUCUGGUACUUCCGAGUAGUAUUGUUGAUGGACCUGAGUAUUUAGGCCAUUAUAGGCCAGAGCCUACUAGGAUCUACCUCACCAAUGAAUGGCAAGGGUUUAUCAAGCAUAUAUUUCAUAGAAGUGCUUGGUACGCAAGGGAGUUGGCGAGGAAAGAUGUCCAUGAUGAUGAUGUCAAUUCCUAUUCUCAGUUGUUGUGGUAUCGUGAUGCCAUUUUGGAAAGCAAUCCCGGAUCCUAUUGCAGGGGGUUUCAGUCGUGCAUUCCUCUUCUUUUUGUCGAUGCUGCACAUUUGAAGAACAAGUAUAAAGGUUACCUGCUCUGUGCUACUAGAAAGAAUGGAAACCAAGAAUUCUUCCCUUUUGCAUUUGUUAUUGUAGAUUCCAAGAACAAUGCAAAUUGGAAAUGGUUUUUUGAUCAUCUCUACAACAUCUUGUCAACCCAAGGGAGAAUUGUGAUUUUUGUCACGGAUCGAAAUGGUGGACUCUUGAAUGCAGUGGUUGUGGAGGAAUUCAUGAAAGUUGCAUAUUCUCCUACAAUAGCAAGCUACAACUUCAAUUUGCAGAAUCUUAAGAGAGAAGGUGGGCAACCUAUUGAAUCGUUUCUAGAACACCUUCCUCUAGACAAGUGGUGUAAUCCCUUCUUUAGAGGAUCAAGGUAUGGUGAAAUGGCGAAUAACAUUGCUGAAUCAUUUAAUAGUUGGUGUGGCCCUUUGCGUGAACUUCAUGUUUUUGAUUUUCUUGAAGGUUUGAGGGUUAAGGUCAUGGAGAACAUGUUUGAGAGGAAGGUUGAGUGCAAAAAGUGGAACACUGUGUUGUGUCCUCCAAUAGAGGCUUUGUUGAAGAAGUUUAUGGAUGUGGGGCGUCAUUGGUCAGUUAGCAUGUCCAGUGAGACUCUUUUGGAGGUUUAUGCUGAAAAAUCGGUCGCUGUUGAUCUUGAGAACAACACUUGUUCUUGCCGUCAGUGGCAAAUCAACUCAUUCCCAUGUUCACACGCUCUUGCUGCCAUCCAGAAAGUUGGAGAUCUACCUGUGUAUGCUUACAUUGAGUACUUUCACACUUGCCAAAGCUACAUUGAGGCGUACGCGCAUGGUAUUCAGCCAAUACCUAAUAUUGGCAAGUUCUAUGUGGAUGCAGCAACUUCAUCUGCAGUUGUGCAGCCUCCCUUGGUUAGGAGGCCAUCUGGUCAGCCAAAAUCAGUUCGGAUAAAGUCUGCUACAGAAGGUGGGAUGAGGAGAACAAUCAGGUGUGGUCGGUUAGGGCGCCACAACAAGGCAACAUGCACAGCACCAACAUGA